AUGAGCAGUGGCUUCUCCCUAAAGAUUGCCAAGAAACCCAAGAAGGGUUCCAAGCCGACGAAGAAAGGUGGCAGCCAAAAGAAGCAGAGCGUCUUUGGUGGAGACCAGAAGAACGCAACCAGAAGUAAAAUAAGCUUAACUCAUGUCGAGAGAUAUACAGAGGAAAAGCCAAAAGAGUUAAUUAUCAAGCCAGGGAUACUACGAUCUUCGUUAUGGGAAAUACCGGCUGGUCCGGAAGAGAAUCAGGUCAAGUAUGGCCUGACAUACAACGAAACCAAUCGUGGACAGGGUUUACCAGCGCAAAGCAGUACUACCAGGAAGCCAUUGCAAAGCUCGAACCUACGAUGGCUUGAGGAGCUUCCUGAAGUCACAAAUGAAGAUGAAUAUGAAGAAGUGCCAGUCGAGGAGUUUGGUGAAGCAUUACUGCGAGGCAUGGGAUGGGACGGUACCAGGGAAAACUCUGAUUUGCAAGAAAAGAACUAUAGUAAACUUCCACACGAACAAGGUAGACCUCUUUAUUCGGGAAUUGGAGCUAAGGGAGCUGAAGCGAGCCAAGCAAUGGGUAAAAUCUCUGAAAGCUCAUUCAUGCCACUAGUAAGAAUCAAUCGAAAAACCGGAGAGCGAGUGGAUUCUACCAAAACUGAAGGUUAA